AUGGGAUCUGAUCUACAGCAUGGCUUCCGGCGUCAAUUUAGCAACUAUGUAGAGACCGCCACUCAUGUGGACAAUAACACUCGUCUGCAGGAUCGCCAUCCUUCAGAUUACUCAAAUUCUGGCACUAUCCAGCCACCAAAAGAGGAUGACAGUGACAGCGUGAGCACGGUGAUAUACGACGGCGCAUCCGCAGAAACCCGUAUACUCGUACCAUCUCCUGAUAUUACGGAUAGAACAAGAUUCCCGAGCUAUACCGAUGGUGACAGCUAUGCGGAUGAGUGUAGCGGCGAUGACUCCCCCGAAGCCGCAAGCGAAAAGCCGGUGACAUGGCGCUCAUUGCCCAAGAAGGGUCAACUGGCCAUUUUGACCUUUGCCCGUUUGUCCGAACCUCUCACGCAAACCUCGUUGCAAGCCUACAUGUUUUACCAGCUCCGAUCUUUCGAUCCCUCGCUGCCAGAUUCGACCAUUUCCACGCAGGCGGGUGUUCUCCAGGGCAGCUUUACGGCGGCGCAGUUCUUGACGGCCGUUUGGUGGGGACGGUUGGCCGACGCAGAGUGGAUGGGACGAAAGAGAGUGCUUAUGAUUGGAUUAUUGGGAACAUGUAUCUCAUGUUUGGGGUUUGGCUUUGCGCGCUCCUUUGUGGCAGCGGCCUUUUUCCGGAUACUGGGUGGAGUCUUGAAUAGCAAUGUUGGCGUCAUGAGGACGAUGAUUGCAGAGAUCAUCCAAGAGAAGAAAUAUCAAUCCAGAGCCUUCCUGUUACUGCCUAUGUGCUUUAACAUAGGUGUGAUUAUCGGUCCUAUCCUCGGUGGCACGUUGGCGGAUCCAUUGAAAACUUACCCGUCUCUAUUUGGCCCCGCCUCGUUCUUCGGCGGCAAAGAGGGAGUGUGGUGGAUGCAGCGUUGGCCAUUUGCAUUGCCCAAUGUCCUCAGUGCGAUAUUCAUAUUUGUUUCGCUAAUUGCUGUCUUGCUUGGGCUUGAGGAGACACACGAGGUUGCACGAUAUCGAAGUGAUUGGGGUCGGAAGUUAGGUCGGUCAUUGAUGAAAUCGCUAUGCAGCCGGCGGCCUCGCUAUUACCGUCCCCUGGUUAACCAUACUGAUGACGAGUCUCUCUAUAUCGAUGGAAGCGUAGCAAGCCGAUCGGCUCCUUCCAGUCCCUCACUCUCUCGUAUCCAGCCUCGCCACAAGCGCCCAGGCUUCUGUCAGAUCUGGACGCCCAAUGUUCUCCUCACAUUGCUGGUGCAUUUCUUGCUUGCCUUCCACACCAGUGCCUUCAAUUCUAUGACUUUUGUGUUUUUGCCAACCCCGAGAGCCCCAGAAGGGAGUCGAGAGGGCUUCUUCCAUUUUGGCGGUGGUCUAGGAUUGCCUUCUGCUCGAGUCGGUCUGGCAACCGCCAUUAUCGGAAUCAUUGGCCUUCCGCUACAAAUCUUCAUCUAUCCUCAAAUCCAGUCCCGUCUAGGGACUUUAUCAUCCUUCCGCACCUUCUUGCCAUUCUCUCCAUUGGCAUACGCAUUGAUGCCGUUCCUCGUUCUAAUUCCUCGAUUUCCAUGGUUGGUUUGGCCGGCUUUCACGGUUGUUGUUGGGUUGCAGGUCAUCUCCCGCACAUUUGCCCUUCCGGCCGCUAUCAUUCUUGUAAACAAUAGUGUCACGAAUCCUUCUGUCCUAGGUACCAUCCAUGGAGUUGCCCAGAGUAUAGCAAGUGGCGCUCGUACCCUGGGGCCUAUGAUAGGUGGCUGGGGGCUGGGACUCGGGCUCAAGUUCAACAUGGUCGGUGCCAUCUGGUGGGCUCUAGCCAUGGAAGCUCUGGCGGGGUGGCUUCUUCUCUGGUCAAUCUAUGAGGGUCAGGGGAUUGGGAAAAAUACGGAAGAGGAGCCAGACCGUACUCGGUAA